AUGAAGAAGGUGAAAGUUCUAGCAAAAAAGAACUUGGGACUGAGACUCAAUUUGUCAGCCGAACAAUACCUAAUGUUGAGAGUCAACUUGUUACCUAAACAACACCUACUGUUGAAAGUGAACAUGUACCAGAAACAUAGGAAGCAGAUGUUAAAGAUGAUGGUCUUGGAUGUGCCUUUUGAGAGUGAAUAUGUACCAGAAACACAGAAGGACAAUGAAAAAAAUAAGGAGGAGAGUGACUAUGAAGAUGAAGUUGAAGAAUCGCAGGAGGACAAUGAUGAAGAUGGAGCUGAUGAUGAUGAAAAGGGAGUUCAUGAUACUCAAGUUAGGGUUAGAAAAGGAAAACCUUCUAAAUGGAUCACUGAAAACAUGUUGAAGAAAAUUAUGGUGGACAAGAAAGGAAUAGGAAUGAAUCCAGAAAAACCUCUUACUUUGGAUUAG